UGUCUUUUCUCUGGAUCCCCGCCCCCGCACACACACGCAGAACCACGGCACCGAUACUAACGACCAACUCCCGAAGUUCAAGGCCUCCGAGCACUCAUCGGGCCGCCGAGCCUAUUUUCGGCCUUGAGAAUGGGGGAGGGGGCCGCGCGGCGCCCCGCAGUCUGCGAGGCUCCGGCCGUUUCUCAGGCUCCCCCAGCAGGGGCAGAAGGACCCACGCCGGGGUCAACCGGGUCGAGAGACCGGCGGGUCCGGAGCCCGGGCGGGGGACAAGCCCCCCGGAUGCCGCCCCCUCCCCGCGACUCCGGGGUGAGGGUCUCCUCGGACCCAGGUAGAGCAAAGGCGGGAGAGAAGCAGAGCCUCGGGCGCUGCGAUCGAAAUCGUCGGGGGCGCGCGGCCGAGACCCAGCGGCGGCGCGCGCCGUUGCCAGGUGGGGGAGGGGCGAAGGGGCUGAAGGCCGCGCGGCGACGGGAACCGCGGAAGCGGGGGAGGGAAAGGAACGAGAAGGCGUCCGCGCCGGCGGCGGCGCCGAGCACGCGUGCGCGGGGCGGCCGGGGCCGUUCUCCGCGCGCUCUGGCCUCGAGCCGAGACCGCCGCCCCUCCCCCACCCAGCUAGCGCGCUCCCUUUCUCUCACCCGCCGCCGCCGCCGCCUCCGGCCGCCGCCUCCGAAGGGGAGAGGUCCUGCCGCAGCUGCUGCUAGAGUCUCCGAAUCCCUCGGGGCCCGAAGCCGACGCCUCGCCGGUCCGCAAGCCUCAGCCGCCGCUGCCGCCGCCUCGCUCGCCUCCUCAGGGGCCGCAGCGGGCUUCGACUGCGCCACUCGCACCCCGCCUGGAUCGCGCUGCACGUCAGCACGACCGAGCGCAAGGGACGUUCGAAAAACCCGAGUCCCGUCGGGCACUGCGUGGAAAAGCGGGGAAAGGCGGGGCACCGUACCGAAGAAGCAACGUCUGCGGUAAAUCUUCUUCUGUAGGAAGGGGGAGGGGAUGGAAGCGGCAACCCCACGACACCGGGGAAGAGCUCAGACGCACGCCUUCCGCGCAGAGAGUUCUGGGAGUUGUAGUUCAGUCACGAAGAGCGAGAGACUCGUACAGCGCCUUCUCCGGGCAGCCAUUUUGUCCGUCUGUGUUGUGCGGCAGUGGUUCAGCAACUCAGCCCCCUUGACUGCGGGUUUCUGUAGCAAGUCUGAGGCCACAGAGCACUGGGUCAUCCGCGCUCAGCAGGAGAUGCCCCAGAGUCAAGCCUCCUGGCACCCCUAGAACCACUUGAACCCGGCUCUGGCCCAGGUUCAGAAGCAAAAGCCGAACUAGCUAGUCUUCUAUGAUGUCCAUAGCUUUCACCUUCUUAUACGGGCCGAAAUAGGGCGGCAGGCCGGCCAAUGACAGUUUCUCUUGCUUGGCGGUGGUGGCUCACACCUUUAAUGCCAGCACUCAGAAGGCAGAAGCAAACGGAUCUCUAAGUUCGAGGCCAGCCUAGUCUACAGGCGAACUCUAAGACAGCCAGGACUACAUAAACCCUGUCUCGAAACAACAACAAAAAAACCUUCUUACCUUUGAGUAGAAGACUAGAUAAGCGAUUUCGCCUGUAGAAUCUGCCGUGUAUGAAGGAAUGUGUCAGGAGUAACAAUUUAAAAUGUUUAACUACCAUUUCCUGGCACUGGGCCUCAUGACCUUAGUUUGACCCCCUCUGACCCAUAUGGCAAA